UUUAAUUCUGAGAAUCGAUUUAUUCUGUUGACUUUCUAGGCUUCGGUGCGUUGUUACUGCUGUUCAGUUUGACAGAGACAGAGUCUUGUAGUGCAGGACUACAAGGUGCCAUGUUGAGUAAAUUUAAACGUGUUGGCGAAUAAAACCGUCACAAACAUAUAACACAAACAGUUAGAUGUUAACGAUAACGUGCUGUUUAAUGUGUUUGUAGUUUUAGACUUUUUAAGCUUUGUCUUCUGAGUGGAAAGUGAAAGCGAAAAGGGGCGGGGCGAAGAGUGAAGGCGCUCCAAGGGGCUUUCUCACUGUGUCCCGGGGCAUUGAGCUUUGAGUUACAGCCGCUCUUCGUUUUCCCUUUCCAAAUCUACAAAUAAAGCUAGCGAUGUGCACCAUGUCGCCGAGAAUCACAACGAGCAGAGAGCGAGAACAUGAACACCAAACAGUCUUGGACGUGUCUUUAUUUACUGCUGUUUUUCAGCGUGCAGGAGCGGAGCAGCGCCUGCAACUGGAUGAUCAGUCAGUACAGAUUGAAGAACGGCUUCUGUCUGUCACUCCUGAAGAAAAUGGAUGGAGAGAUUAUUACAAGUCACCGACCAUUUCCAUACAAGGCAUACAAUGAGAUCGAUAAGGCCAACACAGAAGACCAGAUUAGGUUUCUGGCUGAGACCACAGAGCAGAUUGUCAGUCUCUUCGAUAUCUUGUCUGAUUUAGAUGAAGUUAAAUGGGACAGCAGGACACUGGAUAAUUUCCUGAACAUCCUCAAGUACCGGCAAUUAAAAGAGCUUGAAGAAUGUACAGCAGAAUAUGCUGCAAGAGCUGGACAUUCCUCCAGUGAGAGAAAAGUGAGGAGACAUUUCAAGAAGUUGAAGAAAAUUCUGAAAAAAGCUAACUACAGCGAACACUCUUUGGAGCAAAUCAGGAAUGUGGUGAUGCAUCACCUUAUGAGGAUGGACAUCAUUGCUGCCAAUGUCAGGCAGAAACUAGAGAAAAAUAAAAACUAAAAAAAAUGGAUUGUAAUAAGAUUGAAAGAAGAUUGAUUAAAGAAGAGCAUGUAUUACUAUUCUUUAAUAAUUGGACCAAAUAUGAGACAGCCAGGUUUGCUGAGUCUCAGGCUUCGCAGUUUCAAAAUCUCAGCCAUCAGUUAAAAUGAUGAUCUUUUUUAUUUAAAUUUUAUUUAACUAUUUAUGAAUUAAUUUAUUUAUUUAAUAUAUAAAAAUCCAGUGUUUUGUAUGUAUUUAUUUAUUGCUUUAUUUAUGAGCAGAGUUUGAUGAUGAAACAUUGAUUCAUUGUGCAGUGCUAUUUGUCGAUGGUUUGUUUUGAUUGGCAAUGUCUGUGUUGCCAAAAGCAAACAAACAAAAACGUAUCAUAUUGAUAAAUGAAUAAAAAAAAUGAACAACG